GGCUCUAAUGAAUCAGCUUCUAAUGAUUGAGUGGCGCUACUCUUGGCCUUCCCCGCGGUGAACUUGACCGUCCCGCUCAUGUCCACGCUGGUGUUUUUCAGGCUCCCCACCCGUCUUACCCUCCACCAUCAGCUUUGCCUUGCAUGUGUGCUCCCCGACCUCGACGCUGUAGGUGCCUUCAUCCUCCACGGCCACCUGCUGGAUCACCAGUUUGUGGCAGCAGCCGUCGGCCAGGAUCUCCACUCGGUCUGAGGGGAGCAGCUCCUUGCCGCCUUUGUACCAGGUGGCGCUGCUGCGCGGCGAGGACACGGUGCAUUCCAGGAUCACGCGGUGUUUCUCCAGGGCCGUUCGGUCUCGCAGAGGUUUAACGAUGGAAACCGGGAGCUCUGAGUGCGGAUCUUGAUGGUGCUGGUUGGCCGUAUCCUGUGGCCGUCUUUGUACCACUCUCCUGUCACAUCCUCCAGGGAAACCUCGCACAUGAAGACGGCGUUCUGCUCCUCCUGGAUGUAGAGGUCCUCCAGGUCCUGCACGACCUCCAGCUCAUGUUCUUUUCAGGUGCCGGAGUCGGCCAGGGAGCACAGCAGGAUCUGACAGAAACGCUUCCUGCCCAUGGAGUAGAUGCGACAGUUCUUCCCCGGCUUCAGCUCCGUCCCGUUCUAGUUGACAGAGGAGACGGGACAGAGUGCUUAUGGGGAUGACCAGGCGGCGCUGGGCCCCGUCCACCUCCAGGAUCAGGUUGGGGCCCUCCUCCACCUCCAGGCCGUCUCUGUACCACCUCACGGGGGCGUCUGACUGGGAGAUCUCACAGCUGAGCUCCAGCCUCUCAGAGGCUAAAUGGACGUAUUCUCCAGAGUCCUCUGCCGCGCCGCAGAAGAUGGUCAGCCUCCUGUAGGGCCCCUCGGCCGUCAGCUGCACGCCAUCGCCGUCCUCCACCUCCACGCCGUCUUUGUACCACUGGACCUGACCGCCGGAGCGAGACAGCUCGCACUGCAGGUGGAUCUCCUCCGAGAUGUAGCGCUCCAUCACCACAUCGUCCUUCGGGUCCACGAUCAUCACUGGAGGCUCUGGAGAGGUGUAGCUGCCCGCGUCUGUGGUGUCUGCAGAGCGGAUGAUGAGCCUGCGCAUGGUUCCCUCAGCCUGCAGGGUGACCGCGGCGUCCUCUCUGGACACCUGGCAGUGCAGCACCACAGGGUCCAGCUCCAUGCUGCUCUUAUGGAGGUCCUCUUCUGGGAUGGGGCUGAACUCCGCAGAAGGACCUGGGACAACAACAACAACAACAACAAAAGGAUGCGUGGACGCGACAGGUGGCCGACGUCGAGCUCGCCGACCUGCAUCAUCACCCUCCUCCUCCUCCUCUUCAUCACCCCAGAGAUCAAGUCGCAGCAGAGAGAGGAGACCGGCGUCUCUUUGCUUCAGCUUAUCGGAGACCCUCCACCUGAUAAGAUCACCAGGGUGUACGGGCCAGGCGGGACCACAGCGUACCAGUUCACCCCGGCGGCGGCAUCCGGCCAGCCGGCUCUCGCUCACGUCCCUAACCCCUUCUACCGCCACUUCUCCCUCCUCUUCUACAUCAAGCCCUCCACCACCUCCGCCUCCAUUCUCUUCUCCAUCACCGACAGCAGCCAGAGGUUCAUGUACAUUGGCGUCAAGCUGAGUGCCGUCCGGUCCGGGCGCCAGCAGGUGCUGUUCUUCUACACUGAGCCGGACUCGGAGGCCUCAUAUGAAGCCGCCAGAUUCGACGUGCCGAGCCUGGUGAACAGCUGGAGUCGGUUCUCGCUGUCUGUCUUCGAGGACCAAGUGACGUUUUACCAAGGCUGUGAUUCUGCGCCUCAGACGGUGAAGUUUGAACGUUCGCCAGAUGACAUGGAGUUGGAUACAGGGGCGGGGAUCUUUGUGGGUCAGGCCGGAGGAGCUGACCCUGAUAGGUUUGAGGGUGCAAUUGCAGAGCUGAAAGUGGUGGGAAACCCCCGGGCAGCUGAGCGCCUGUGCGAUGAUGAGGAUGAUUCUGAUGCUGCCUCUGGUGACUUUGGCAGUGGUGAAGCAGACAGAAGGCAGACCAGUCACACUGUGAAGACGACCCCUGCAACCCUGAGGCCGGUGCCAGAGCCUCCACUGACAUCGUCACAAGGAAGAAAAGUGGCAGAAACAGACGACAGGUAUCGUCUCUCAUCAGUGGACUACAGGCCUGGGGCUCCAGGUCCACAAGGUCCCACCGGUGCUAAAGGUGAGAAAGGGGACAAGGGAGACAGAGGAGACAAAGGCAGCACAGGAGACAGGGGCCCUGCGGGGCCCAAAGGGGAUCCCGGUUCUGGUUCCAGCUCCGGCUCCGGUUUCUCGUCACAAGGUGGAGAGCAAGGACAGAAGGGUGAAAAAGGUGCAAAGGGCAGUUCAGGGUUUGGAUACCCCGGGAAUAAAGGGGACCGUGGACCCCCAGGGCCUCCUGGGCCUCCCGGUCCUCAAGGACCUGCAGCCCAGGUGGUCCGACUCGGGGACGGCUCUGUUGUUCAGCAGGUGGCUGGACCCCCUGGGCCGAUGGGACCACCAGGAUCUGAGGGGCCCCCAGGACCUCCAGGAUCUGAGGGGGAGCCUGGAGAUCCAGGAGAAGAUGGAAAAGCCGGUCCUGCAGGGCCUCGAGGUUUCCCAGGAACACCAGGAACUUCUGGUGCUAAAGGAGAGAAGGGUGAGCGUGGAGAGGGUCACCCAGGCCCCCGGGGCCCCCCAGGCCCACCUGGACCUCCUGGACCUGCUACUGGUGACCGCCCAACAUUUUUUGACAUGGAGGGCUCCGGCCUCCCAGAUUUGGACAAAAUCCGGGGUAUCCCUGGUCCCCCGGGACCUCCUGGCCCCCCUGGGCCCCCUGGUAGAUCAGUGGCGCUGGGAACCAAUGGUCCAGUAGCCUUCGGACCUCCUGGACCACCAGGACAAGAUGGAGCCCCCGGUCUACCAGGGCCUCCUGGUCCCCCGGGCCUCCCAGGGCAGCCUGGACUCAUAGGCCAGAAGGGUGACUGUGGUGAUCUUGGUCUUCCAGGAGCAGCUGGGGAAAAGGGUGCCCAGGGUACACCAGGACUGCCAGGUCAGCCAGGGGAGGGUGGGCUUGCAGGGCUUCCAGGUCCCAUGGGACCUGUUGGGCCCCCAGGACCCCCUGGGCCACCAGGACCGCCAUAUCGUGUUGGCUAUGGUGACGACGAGGAUCCUGCAGUGACGAACGGCCUGCCUGGACUCAGAGGCCCACCAGGACCGCAGGGUCCACCUGGUAUCGCAGGUUUACCAGGAAAGCCAGGGUUUCCAGGCAUCCCGGGACAGAAAGGAGCAGAUGGAACCAGCGGCCCACCUGGGCCACCAGGUGUGGACGGAUUCCCAGGAAAACGGGGUGAAAAGGGAGACAGAGGAGAGAGAGGAGAGAUGGGUUUGCCAGGACGGGACGGCGGGCCACCAGGACCUCCAGGUCCUCCCGGGCCUCCAGGACAGACCGUCUACCAGCCGACAGGCGACUAUAACGACGUUUUUUGGAACGAAGGGUGGCAGGGAAACACUGGUAUCCCAGGUCGAGCAGGAUUCCCGGGACCAAUGGGACCGAAGGGUGACAAAGGGGAAGCUGGACCUCCAGGAGAUGCACCGAAGGGACAGAAAGGAGAGCCUGGUAUCAUCAUGGGCCCCGAUGGGCGACCUCUGUACCUGGGAGGCCUGGGAGGAGCGCCGGGAGAUGCAGGACCUCCUGGCCCUAUGGGACCUCCAGGUCACUUUGGUCCUCCUGGCCAGAAGGGAGAGAUUGGUAUUCCAGGAAGACCAGGUAGACCUGGACUGAACGGCGUCAAAGGUGAAAAGGGAGAUUCGGGCACUGGAGCCGGAUAUGGAUACCCGGGUCCUCCAGGUCCACCAGGCCCCCCUGGACCACCUGGACCUCCUGUUCCCCUCGACAGGUUCAGUGGGUUUGACGAUUUCUCCCGAUACUAUCCUAAUGCUAAAGGAGAGAAAGGUGAUCGAGGAGCACCAGGGAUACCUGGCAUACCAGGUCUCUCCUCCAACUUUGACAUUUAUGCUUUCAAGAAUGAGUUGAAAGGAGAGCAAGGCAAUCCAGGCUUUAAGGGAGAGAAGGGUGAGCCAGGUGGAGGAUAUUAUGACCCCCGCUACGGAGGAAGUGGAGUUGGAGCCCCAGGACUCCCAGGACCUCCGGGCCCAAGAGGUGACUCGGUUAUUGGCCCUCCGGGCCCCCAGGGGCCACCUGGGCCCCCAGGACGAGGCUAUGAUGGGCAACCAGGAAAUCCUGGACCACCAGGGCCACCGGGACCCCCAGGAUCAUCCCUGCCUGGGGCUUACAGGGGCACACCAACUAUCAGUAUUCCUGGACCCCCUGGGCCCCCUGGAGCUCCUGGAAUACCUGGACAGUCCUCAGGGGUGACUGUGUUCAGGUCCUAUGAUACCAUGACGGCCACAGCCAGACGACAAGCCGAGGGCACUCUGGUGUACAUUAUAGACCAAACCGAUCUCUACCUACGAGUCCGAGAUGGAGUUCGCCAAGUCCAGCUUGGGAACUACAUUGCUUUGCCAGGUGAAGAGGGUAAUGAGGUUGCAGCUGUGGAGCCCCCACCAGUUGUCCACUAUUCCCCGGAUCACCAUUCCCCCACCAGAGAUGAUUCUCUAAGACCUGCUCAGCCAGACUCUGGAUAUCCAUCGCAACCUGACCCGCAUUACCCAACGCAAACAGACCCUAGAUACCCAUCACAGCCUGAUCCCCGGUACCCAUCACAACCGGAUCCCAGGUACCCUACACAACCGGAUCCCCGGUACCCGACACAACCAGAUCCCCGAUACCCAGCACCUACUGAUCCAAGGUAUCCAAGUUACUCUGAUCGGUUACACCAGCCAGAUGGCAGGUAUCCACAGGAACGCCCGGUCUACCCGGUCUACCCAGUCACCCCUCAGCGAAGGCCAAGUCCCCCUGAGCCCCAGACUCCAGUUCACCGCCACACCUCAGGUCCAGGGCUCCACCUGAUAGCCCUCAACAGUCCACAAACCGGCUCAAUGCGGGGCAUUCGUGGGGUAGAUUAUCUUUGCUUCACACAAGCCAGAGCCAUUGGGAUGCAGGGAACAUUCCGAGCCUUCCUGUCCUCCAAGCUCCAAGAUCUCCACAGCAUCGUCCGCAAGAUUGACCGGGACCGUUUGCCAAUAGUCAACCUGAAGGACGAGGUUCUGUUUGACAGCUGGGAUGCCAUCUUCAAUGGCGGCAGAAUGAAGGACAACGUCCCCAUCUAUUCCUUCGAAGGCAAGAACAUCCUCAGUGACAAUGCAUGGCCAGAAAAGAUGAUGUGGCACGGGUCAACCAGCGCAGGACAGCGGCAAGUGGACAACUACUGUGAGACAUGGCGUGUGGGUGACAGGGCGCUGACUGGCAUGGCUUCCCCUCUGCAGAGUGGCAAUCUGCUGCAGCAAAGCUCCAGCAGCUGCUCCAGCUCCUACGCUGUGCUGUGUAUCGAGAACAGCUACAUCGGCCAGUCCAAGAGAUAGACAUCACCUGUACACACAGAAACACACUCACCACACACUGCUGCAUCAGCUGGACAAAAGGGUAGCUCCAAUUUCAAGCUGUCCAUCAUGCCAACAUCAUAGUUGCACAUACAAAAAUAUGCAUUUUUCUAUGCACAGUAUGUGGUGCUUUGUAAAUAAAAGUUGUGUUUUUAAUAUUAA